AAUCUAAGUGUGAUUCAAAAUCAAUUUUUCUUUUCCCUCAAUCAUGUUCUUUUUAACCAAAGUGUGUAUAUAUAUCAAUGACAAUGAGGCAUUAUAUCAAAUACUGCUUGAGAUUAAAAUAAACAAAAGAAACCCCAUUUUGUCUCCCAAAUUUCUCAUAGUGUUGUUUGUAACAAAAAUAAUUUCAGUUUGUACCAAAAAAAAAAAUAAUAAUCUCAUAGUGUUCGCAAAAACAUCAUUUCCAGUGCUCAAAAGAUUCGAACUCAGUAAUGGUGCAGAGUUUCUACUUUCUACUGAAGCAAUGGUACCUCCCUCUCUCCCCACCAACAUCCCUUCUCACCUUGGUCUCAGGCUCAUCAGGGUAGCCUUAAAUGUAGGCGAUUUCAACCGUGCCCGCCAACUGUUCGAUAAUAUUCCUCAACCAGACCCCACUACUUGUUCAACUCUUAUUUCAGCUUUAACCACUCAUGGACUUUCAAAUGAGGCCAUAAAGAUCUAUUCUUCGUUGCAGGAACGUGGCAUUAAACCCGACAUGCCUGUUUUCUUGGCUGCUGCUAAAGCUUGUGCUGUUUCCGGUGAUGCCUUGAGAGUCAAGGAAGUUCAUGAUGAUGCGACACGGUGUGGGGUGAUGUCUGAUGUUUUUGUUGGCAAUGCGUUGAUUCAUGCUUAUGGUAAAUGUAAAUGUGUUGAGGGUGCGAGACGUGUUUUUGAUGAUUUGGUUGUUAGAGAUGUGGUUAGUUGGACCUCGUUGUCGUCGUGUUAUGUUAAGUGUGGAUUUCCUCGGAAGGGCAUGGAUGUUUUUCGUGAAAUGGGGUGGAGUGGGGUGAAGCCGAAUCCGAUGACUGUUUCUAGCAUUUUGCCUGCUUGUGCGGAAUUGAAAGAUUUGAAAUCGGGUAAAGAAAUUCAUGGGUUUGCAGUGAGACAUGGGAUGGUGGUAAAUUUGUUUGUUUGCAGUGCACUUGUGAGCUUGUAUGCAAAAUGUUUAAGUGUAAGAGAAGCUAGGAUGGUAUUUGAUUUAAUGCCUCAUCGAGAUGUUGUGUCUUGGAAUGGAGUUUUAACAGCAUAUUUCAAAAACAAGGAAUACGAGAAGGGUUUCUCCCUGUUUUUGAAGAUGAGCAGAGAUGGAGUCAGAGCAGAUGAAGCUACAUGGAAUGCUGUUAUUGGUGGAUGCAUGGAGAACGGACGAUCAGAGGAGGCAGUGGAGAUGUUUAGGAAGAUGCAAAAAAUGGGAUUUAAACCUAACGAAAUAACAAUUAGUAGUAUCCUACCAGCUUGCUCUUUUUCAGAGAAUUUGAGGAUGGGCAAGGAGAUACACUGCUAUGUCUUCAGGCAUUGGAAAGUUGGGGAUUUGACAAGCACAACGGCUCUAUUAUACAUGUAUGCUAAAUGCGGCGACUUGAAUCUUUCAAGGAAUGUCUUUGAUAUGAUGCGUAGAAAAGAUGUUGUUGCCUGGAACACAAUGAUCAUUGCGAAUGCAAUGCAUGGGAAUGGAAAAGAAGCGCUUUUUCUCUUUGAUAAGAUGCUACUAUCACGUGUCCAGCCCAAUUCUGUUACUUUUACUGGUGUUCUAUCUGGUUGUAGCCAUUCAAGGCUAGUAGAGGAAGGAGUUCAGAUAUUCAAUUCAAUGGGUAGGGAUCAUCUUGUAGAACCUGAUGCUAAUCACUAUUCAUGCGUCGUUGAUAUCUAUAGCCGUGCUGGUCGCCUCAACGAGGCAUACAAGUUUAUACAGGGCAUGCCUAUGGAACCAACUGCCAGUGCUUGGGGAGCACUCCUUGCUGCUUGUAGGGUUUAUAAGAAUGUGGAGUUGGCGAAAAUUUCAGCUAAGAAACUAUUUGAGAUUGAGCCUAACAACCCUGGAAAUUAUGUUUCUUUAUUCAACAUUCUUGUUACUGCCAAAAUGUGGAGUGAAGCUUCACAAGUCAGAAUAUUGAUGAAAGAGCGAGGAAUUACAAAAACACCAGGAUGUAGUUGGCUUCAAGUGGGAAAUAAAGUUCACACUUUUGUUGUUGGAGACAAAAGUAAUAUUGAAAGUGAUAAAAUCUAUAACUUUUUGGACGAGUUGGUUGAGAAAAUGAAAAUGGCUGGAUAUAAGCCUGACACUGAUUAUGUUCUGCAAGAUAUUGAUCAAGAGGAAAAAGCUGAGAGUCUCUGUAACCAUAGUGAGAAGCUUGCUGUUGCCUUUGGGAUACUUAAUUUGAAUGGACAGUCGACAAUACGGGUUUUUAAGAAUUUGAGAAUAUGCGGUGAUUGUCACAAUGCCAUUAAGUAUAUGUCUAAGGUUGUCGGUGUUAUAAUUGUUGUCAGAGACUCCUUGAGGUUUCAUCACUUCAAAAAUGGAAAUUGUUCUUGUAAAGACUUAUGGUGAUUAUUUGAAUCAGAUUAUUGGGAUUAAGUGGUGACGAUAAUCCUAUCUGAGUUUGUCUAACUCAAAUUUGAUUAGACUGUUUUACUAUGCGUACAAUAUACAAUUCCCGUGAUUUUAGAGAAUUGGAGACAUUAUCAAGUAACAUUGUAUGAUUUUGAGCUUAAAACUUCAGAGGUUCUUAGCAAUCAAAACGUAUUUCUCUCUUCCUAGGGGGAACAAUGCUUGGCCAGUACGCAUACCUCUACAUACGAGCCGGAUUAGUCGUCCACCUUUGGUGGGUCGGAAACUGGUGCGAAAGCCAAAAAAAAAAACGUAUUUCUCUCAAGAAAAUGUCUUGGUAGAGGAGUAGCUCUCCAUUGAGAUUCUCUCAUGUUUUCUCCAUUGCAUCAAUCGUCACUUGUCAAAUUUCACAUGACUACAGGCAUUGUGCAUUCAAACAGUUGAUACAACUGGUUUCGGAGAAGUGUAGCUCUCAAAUGAAUGAAAGACAGAUUCCAACAGAACAACAACGGUGGUUUAUGGCUGUUAUUGCAUCAGUAGCUGCUGAUUUAUUGGCCUUUGUCAUCAGAAACAGAACAUUGCAAUUAUUGUUCACCCUUCUGGGUUCUGACACAUGGUUUAUUGCUGGCCAGAUCAGAAAAUCUGCAGAUUCAGUUAUUUGAAAAAACACCUCUAACUGACCAGGUGAAGGCCAACAAUACUCUGGCUGGUACAAAGCCAAACAAGCACUCUUGCAAGCAAUGACAUGAUCCACCUGCAAAAUUUGGAGGACAAACUCUGUUCACAUCAUUAGUGCAGCUACUUGUUUUGCAGUCCCCUGAACCACCUUGCGAUGUUACCGAAACCGGUAGAUUGAAACCAUCAAUAAGGCUGAGAGUGAAUUCCACUAAUGAAACCGGAGGGAUACCACCAGCACCAUUGCAUGGUAUUUGACCAGAUCCACGAUCACCAGUAGCACAAAUGAAUUUGCCAGUUGUGUUUGUUGAACGUUGAGUUCUUACCUGGAAUCUACUUGACCAUGGAGACUGGUUAUUGAGAGUUGAGGAAGUUUUGGAGGGUAGCUCAAAACCUGUUGAAGUUUAUUGUGAACUUCCACCUUUAGUGAGUGUAGCUGGCCAUAUGGUGAAUGGACAAUUGUUUGUGAUUGUGAAUGUUGCAGAGUUAGCACAUGCAUACAUGAUACUGUGUUAGAUAUCUUAAAAUUAUCUCUAAGAGGGAAAGAACAUGUAAAAAUAUGGAGAAGAUAGGUUAGAAAUUAGAGCUUGCUUGAUAGGAAAAGGCUUGAUAAGUCCAGCAUAAAAAGUAGAUUUAUUUUUAUAUUUAUCUUGUAUUGGCUGUGAUAGAAUUUUAAUUCAAUAUGUAUGUAUAUAUAAGACUCUCUUGAUGGUCAUGAUUAUGAUAUUA